ACACAAUUUCAUCUCAUGCUUGCACUGUAUAAUGCUACCUAACAUCAAUCUAUUGAUUUGAAAAUAUUAUAUAAUUCGCCUUCCACACUUAUUUCUUUGCAACUCUCUCUAGUUGUUUGGCUAUCAUUAUUGAAAUGGCUACUUCCGCCAUGGAUAUUGAAGCACCAGAGACUCCAGUACCAAAUCAAAAUGGCAAUUCAAAAACCAAUGUAGAAAAACCAAUCAAAACCAGAAACUGGCCGUUAAUCCUUAUUAAUUGUGCUCUUGUCAGUUGUGGUUCAAUAGGUGGUCCUCUCUUAAUGAGACUAUACUAUCUACAUGGUGGCAAUCGUAAGUGGUUUAGUAGUUUUAUUGCAUCUGCUGGUUUUCCAAUUCUCAUAUUUCCUCUCAUGUUUCUCUUCUUUCGGUCGAAAUCAUCUGCUGAUAAAAUUUCAUCAUCUUUUUGGUUGGAACAAAAGCUGUUUCUUCGGAGUGCCAUACUUGGGAUUCUGUAUGGUCUUGUUACUUUUAUGUACGCGUUGGGUUUAUCUUAUAUUCCUGUAUCAACUUCAACUCUUCUCAUGGCAACUCAAUUAUGUUUUAUUGCAAUUUUCUCAUGGUUGAUUGUGAAGCAAAAAUUCACUGCUUUUAUCAUAAAUGCGGUGGUUGUGAUGACACUUGGAUCAGUGUUGUUGGGUAUUAAUACUAAUGGGGAUAGGCCAGUUGGUGUAUCAAAAUCUCAAUAUUUAUUAGGAUUUCUUGUGACUUUGGCGGCUGCGGCUUUAGCUGGGUUAAUAAUGCCUCUGAUUGAACUUUCUUUCAGUAAAGCUAUUAAUAACCUCACUUAUUCAAGUUUGUUGCAGUUCCAGUUCAUUCUUUCCCUUUCUUCAACCAUCGUUUGCGUCGUAGGGAUGCUAGCAAACAAGGAUUUUCAGGCGAUACCUAGAGAAGCAAAUGAUUUUGAACUUGGGAAAGCCAGGUAUUACAUAAUAAUGGUGGUGACCGCAAUAGUAUGGCAAUUGUCAGGUGUUGGAACCGUGGGCGUCAUCUUCUAUACAAGUGCUCUUUUCAAUGGUAUACUCGGAUCAGUCUUAAUCCCAUUAACAGGAGUGGCAGCCGUAAUAUUUUACCACGAAAGUUUCACAGCAUUAAAAGGAAUGGCAUUGGCAUUAUGUCUUUGGGGUUUUUGUUCUUAUUUCUAUGGAGAGUACAAGAUGACGAAGAAAGUAAUCGCCAAAGUCGAAAAUGAGCCUAAUAAAGUAUUGGGUGAUCAAGAAGAACCAUAUAAUCUAUGAAUUCAUCCUUAAUUAUUCAAUUUUCACCAUACUAUAAGGUAGUGUAAAAUUCUUUGGCGUUGUGAUAAUGGUCUGAGUAUAAUUCGGUUCAUGUAUAUGGAUUUUAGUGACAGUGUUAGUUUAAUUAUAUGAAUGAAAGAGUUUUGGUCCUUGUAGACACAAA